AUGAGCGACGAGGAUCUAGAACGGCAGCAGGCGGAGUUCAUGGCGGGCCGGCAGCCGGCCGCCGCCACUGUCGUGCGACUCAAUAGCGCGGACGGUGACGCGCAGUCCGCCGAUACUGCUUCAGGGGGAAGAUCGGUCACAGCUGUGCAGUCGGCACGGGGAGGAGGGCGGGGGAGCGGCAGCGAGGAGCAGCAGCGGCGGAAGCAGCAAGAAAGGCAGCAGCUGCAGAGGCGGAAGCAGCAGCGCCAACAGCAGCAGCAGCGGGAGGAGGAGCAGAGGAGCAUGGGGCUGGACGGAUUACAGGGCGGGGGAGGCGAGGGGGAGUACCGUCCGCUCACUGUGCUGAGCGGAAUCCGCGAGAAGGGCUUUGGCGACGCCCCUGCGCGCCCCUCCGCGCCCGUUGUCCCCCUGCCCAUGUCCGCCCUCGCCUUCCCCGUCGCCCGCCACCGUGCAGAGGGCCCUCACUGGCAGCCGGCAGUGGUUCAUGCGUCCCCCCUCGCUGCCUCGAGCCCUCCCCACGACCCCUCCGUGCUGCCCCCCCCUGCUGCUGCUGCCGCAUCCGCCGUGCCUCUGCGCCCACAGCAGGCGGUUGCGGGGGGGAGAGGGGCAGCAGGCACGCAUCAAGAGGCGGAGUGGAACAGGGGCGGCAUGGGGGUGGACGGGGGGCUGGGGAGGAGGGGAGGGGAGAAGGAAGGGGCGAGAGUGAGGGAGGAGGGGGGGAUGGGGGCGGUGGAGGGAGAGGCAAUGGGUGUGGAUGGGGGAAUGGAGGCAGUGGGCGGGCAGGCCGGGGGAGCGCGUGUGAGCGAUAGAGAGAGGGUAGCGAGGGAGGGGCGAAUCGCUCGUGCUGCUGUUGCAGGAGCAGGGGCGGAAGGUGCUGUUGCUGCGGUGCCUGGGGGCAGUCCAGCACGGAGCGACACGGCUGCACCGGUGGUUGGUGGUGGUGGUGGCGGCGGGGUGGGGGAGACGAAGGAGCAGAGGGAGAUAGACGAGGCGAACAGGGGGGUGGUGAGCGGCAUGAGUGCAGCACAGAUAGCGGAGGCACAGGCGGAGCUCAUGGCACGCCUGCCCCCGGGGGCUCUGGACAUGCUCAGGCGGCGAGGCAGGGAGAAGGAGGAGCGGCGCAGAGGGUUGGGUGCAGGGCAAGGGAGCAGGCCGGAGGGAGUGAGUGGUGGAGCAGGCAGUGGUGGGGCGGGGGAGGAGAAGCAACAGCAGGAGGAAAUGCAGGUGGAUGGUGGCAGCAGUGGGGACAAUGGCGGUGCAUCACUACAGUCCUCCCAGCAGCCUCUCUCGCACCAUGCACCUGCCAGUGGUCCUUCAGUGCCACGUCAGCAUGACCGCCCUGCCACGUGGGAGCAGCGAGUGGAGUGCAUUCGCAGUGUGCGGUUUGCCAUGGAUGGGCGGCCAGUCCCUGCUGACGUGGCACGCGAGGCAGAGAGUGCUCUGGGGGUGCCGGCUGAAGCUGCCAUGCAGUUUGACCAGGGUACCCGUUUCAUGAUUCACUUGUCCCAUGCCGUGUCCUCUUCAUUCUAUUUUCCCUCUGCUCCUCCUCGCUCCCCAUCUUCCAUCCCUCCGCCUGCAGACUCACCGCAGGGCAUGGCGGUGCGUGACCUGGCGGUGCGACACGUGGCGGAGCGCGAUUGGCUGAGGACGGGAGCACAGCCAGGGAGGGCGGGGUACACGGUGCGCGAGGCGGUGGCGCUGUCGCGCAGCCACGUGCCCGCCCAGGCCGCUGCUGGACUCGCCCUGCUCUCUGCUCUGCUCUCAAGGGCAACACAUGCACAGACAGGCCGGGGUGAAAGGGACGGUGAGGGCAUGAUGGGAGGCGGAGACGGGGAGGUGGGGCGAGGGGGCAUGGAGGAGGAGGAGGAGGAGGAGGACUGGGAGGCGGUGUGGGCGUAUGCGCUGAGCCACGAGGUGCAGCUCCUGCUCGCCCUGCGGUCACCUCCCUGCCCCUCGCCCUUCAUCCGCCCACCUGCCUCCCCCUGCCUUGCCUUUCCAUAUUCCCACGGGUUUGAUGACAAUCCCCCCCACCUCCCCAUCUGUGCGACUACCAUCCCUCCUCAUUUCUCCAUCACAUCCCCUCCCUUUUUCUCUCACCUCGCUUUCAAUCCCCCUUAUGGGCGUCUCACUGCCUGUGUCCCCGUGCAACGGUAUGCUUCACUCUACGUCCAGCAGAGUGUGUGGCGUGGGGAGGCCAUCACAGCCACAGCCCCUGUGCACAAGCCCAAGGCCGCCGCCUCUUUCCUACCCGCGCCCCUCACCGCCUCCUCCUCCCCCUCCUCCGCGCCCUCCCUGCUGCCUGCUUUUGCCCGCGGGCACCACUGGCGCCGCAACGUGGCUCGCUCUGAGCUGCUGCUGCCCGCGGCACUGCUGCCUGCCGAUGCUGAUGGCGACGAUGGGGAGGACGAGGACGAGGAGGAGGGCGGGGGCAUGGAGGGCAUGGGGCUGGCUGGCGCGGGCAUGGAGGGCGCAGGGGAGGGCGACAAGCAAACGGUGGGGAGUGAUGCGAACGUGGCAUGCAGGGAUGUGUGCGCUGGGCUCAUCCGCAUGGGCAUCCUGCCCCGCCUCGCCUACCUGCUCCAGCCACACUCCCCUCUGCAGCACCACACGCACCUGCACCUGCCGUGCCUGCACGUGGCCCUCUGCAUCGCCCACCACUCCCCCGCUGCUGCCACCGCCCUCGCUCACUCCCUCCACCUGCUUCCCCCACCGCCCACCCCCUCCUCCUCGGCCGCCCCUCGCUCGCCCCUCUCGGCCAUCCUAGCAGCCCCCAGCAGCCCUGAGCUGCUGGCUGCUGCAAGCGACAUUAUCAAGGCAAGCACGGCAGGGCACUGGGAUGGCCAUGCCAUACGCCAUUCACAUGGGCUCCUCUCUGCAUUGCGUGUUCUCGCCUCUUUUAAUUCAGUGUUGGCAGUGCUCUCCCUGUGGCGAGUGCUAGCGCGCCAGGGCCUCACCGCACACCUCUUCUCUGACUACUCCCUCUUCUUUGCUCGCUUCCUCGAUCCCCCCAUCCCCGCCGCCACCACUGCUGCUGGGCAUGAGGGGGGCAAGGCGGAGGGGGAGGGCGUGUGGGGGGGAGCGGAGGUGUGUGUGGGGCGAGAGGCGGUGCUGGUGCUGGAGGCGCUGUGCUGCGCGCUGCCACGGCUCCGAGGCGUGGUGCCUGCGGGCAAUGGGGAUGGUGACGGGGAGAGCGUUGAGGCAGAGAGGGACACGGGAGACAAUAUUGGAUGGAGCGUGGUGGUUGCGCUUUUGCCCAUGGCGCUGCGCUGGCUGCAGAAUUCCCUGGUUGCUCGCCUCUCCUCUGGCCUCCGUGCCGCACUCGCACACUCGCACCCUCACACACACCCUCACUCUCAUUCUUGCACAGAACAGCAUGGGCAGGCACGGGAAGGCACACCGGCAGACGAGAUGGAAGUGGAUGGUGGGGUUGGGAGAGAGGGAAGUGGUUUGAACGGUGCGGGCAUGAGGAGGGUGGCAGAGGAAGCAGCAGCGGUGGCAGCAGUGCUGCACUGUCUGGCCACUGUUGUCACUCGUGCUGUGCCCACACCACUCCAUGCAGCAGCUGAGCCAGCAGCGCACGGGCAGCAAAGUGGGGCGCAGGCAGGGGAAGGGCCGUGUGUGCGCCCUCCGUUCAUUGACGCCAUUACAUCCGCCCUCCUGCAAUCUGGACUGCUGCCCUGCGCAUUGCCCCCCACACCUGCAUCCGCCCCACACGCUCCACCUGCACUUCUCCCACCCGCCUCACCCACCUUCCAUCUGCUGGCAGCAGCAGCGCGUUUGCCGUGUGCGCUGGGUGUGGCGAGUGCGAGCUGCCUGCACGGCAUGCUGCGCCUCCUGGGCUGCCUGCUGCUCCACAACCACGCGUGCCCGCCCUUUGUCACCCACACCUCCGCAGCACCAUCAUCACCGUCCAUGGCACCACCGCCAUCAUCACCAUCAUCGGCAGCAGUAGCAGCAGCGGGAGCGGCAGCAGCGUUAUCUGCCUGCAUCCCAUCCUUCCUGCCGCUGCUGACCUCCUCGGCUUGCUUGCUCUCCACCAGGGCAGCAGGCAGACCCCUCUCACCUGUCACGCACCGCUUGUACACCACAGCCCGUGCAGGCGUCGGGGCGCUGGUGUGGCGCGAGGGCAGCACGGAGAGAGGAGGCCCAGCACCAGGGGUGGGGGCGGGGUGGGGGGGGCGAGGGGGCCAGGGAGGGGAGGGGUGGUGGGGAGUGGAGGCGGUGCUGUCUUCACAGCACAUUGCCAUGGUGGCAGCGCUGCUGGCGCUGCUGCAGAAUCAGGGGUGCAUGCAGCCUGAGGGGAGCGGAGUGAGUGGGAAUGAAGCUGGUGAGAAGGGAGUGAGUGCGAGGGAGUUGGUGGAGGUGUGUUUUGCGGUGGUGGGCAGUGCAGGGCCUGCAGACGCUGAACCUGUGACCUUCAUUCUGCUGCACACGCUGCUCUCGCCAUGCGUCCUCGCCUUCUCCCCUGCUGUGCCCCCUGUGCCAUCCAGCGUGCAUGAACAAGCCCAGGUGGAAAUGCACGGAGAGAGAGGUGAGGUGGUGGAGGGGCAUGCUGGCAGUGGUGGUGGAGCGGGUGUGUGGCUGCCCUGUGUGCGGCAGCUGCUGGAGGCCCUCUGGUUCACCCGCCACACCUCUCACACCGCACUCCCUGCUGCUCCCACAAGCGUGGGCAGGCGAGGGAAAGAGAGGGAGGGGGUGGAAGGGCGGCUGGCUGCUGUGGAGGAAGGGGAGGAGGAGGGGGAGAUGGAAGGAGUGGAGCAAGGAGGGGAGGUGCAGCAGGAGGGUGGCGGCAACGGUGGCGAGAGGAGAGUGAGGUUUGCCGAGGGAGCAGGGGAAGGGACAGCAGGCGGUGCUUCCGGUGAUAGCCCCACCACUGCCAGCAGCAGCUGCAGCAAUGCUUCAGGCGUGGAGAGCGGUGCAUGGGCGGGCAGCAGCAGUGGGUCGUUCUUGCUGCAAGGCGCAUGUGUGACAGCACAGCCGCUGCUGCUCCAAUGGCACGCACACACCCUUCCUCUCCCUCCCGCCUGGCUCCUCAUCCCACUGCCUGCUGCCGCUGCACUGGCCGCUGCUGCAUCUGCCACCCACAGCACUGCGCCCUCUGAGUCUGCCCGUCCUGCACCGCUCUCUCCCCUCCACACGCUGCACGCCCUGCUCGCCUUCCUCACCACCUUAGAGACCACUCCCUCCACGGCGCCGCACAUGGCGUGCCUCCCCGUGUCCCUCAAGCUGCACCACCUCUCACUGCUUUUCCUUGCCGACCCACCUCUCUACCUGCAACCCGCCCUCACCCGCCCCAUUGCAUGUCUGCAGGACGCAUAUGCCCUGCAGCUCACAUCACAGCACCCCGUGCUUGACUUCCCGCCGCACCUCUUCCCCCCAUCGGUGUACGAGUCCUUCCUCCAAACCCUUUCUGACCACUUCGCUGCAGCCUCAUUUGGCCAUGUCCUCUUUGCCCGCCAGCUCGCCACCCUCCUGCACGCGCACGUGGCUCCCGCCAUUCGCCUCGCCGCCUGGCGUGCCCUUGAUGCUGCCUCCGCACUGCACCUGCUGCCACCGCUCGCGCUCUGUGCUGGCAGCCCCAUGGGGUACCUGUAUGCCUCGCCUGACUGCCAAGAUGUUGGGGGGCGUGAGCCACUGGGGCUGGGGCAAGGGCAAGCAGUGGGCGGUGCGGGGGGGGCGUUGCUGCAGGCAUGCAUGCAGUCAUUGGAAUGUGGUGCGCUUGACAAAUGCUGCUCGCUGCUCACCCCUGCCACCUCCCUCGCACACGUGGCCCAUGCCCCUGGAGAAACGAGCCAGCCAGAUGCCCCACUGCUGACACUCAUGGCACUCUCUCCCCACAAGGCCGUGCCCCACUACCCCCUCUCACUUGCUCUAGCUGCCUCGCUGCUCGUCGCCUUCCUCUUUGACCAUGCACCUGACUCUGACUACCCCACCCCUGUGGGUGUCGCAGCAUCUGCACACUCUGACAAUCAUCAGCCUCAAUUGGGUGAACCCCUUUUGCCUCAAUCACAGACUGCCAUGUGGCAGCGUGAGAGCGUAGCGCGGCGGCUGGCCAGGUAUGCGCAGCGCACCCCAGUGGCUCGACAACUGGUGGCCUACCUGCUAACGUGGCAGCUGCCAGGAUGGCAGGACAGGUGGCGGGGCUCUGACAGUGAGAGCCCAGAUGGUGCAGGACUGAGCGAGGAGGGGGGAGGAGUGCAGCAGGAGGAAGAGCAGGACAUGGGAAGGAGCGGGUGGGUGGUGGGCAAGGCGGUGGUGCUACGGCGCAUGGCACUGCUGCACAGGGCACUGCAGGCUGGUGCUGGGGCUGCUGCUGAGGCAAGCAAGGGUGCGAUGGCGGAAGAGACAGGCGUGGCAGCAUCAGGAGGGGGUGAUGCAGCAUUGAGUGCUCUGCAGGCUGAGGCAGUGCGCAUCUCAAUGCAAGCUCACUCAGCCACUCCAAGCACUGCCUCCUUGGGGUAG